AGAGACAUCAAUAAGGAGGGAGAAAAAAUUAUAAUGGCUUCAAGGAAUGUGCAAUAAAACCGACAAAAUGGGAACUGUCGUCGUUUGAUGAUACACAUAUUUAGGUAAACGUGUAUAAUAUUUUAUUUAGUCGCCCUCCCGGAACGAUUUGAUGAAUAUUCCGUGUGUGCUGCCGGUUUCCUCCCAACGCAAACUUUGACAUGGUCAGCGUUUGUAUUUGGACACAAGAAAUGCCUGACACAUUGCUGCAAAACCACCUGGAGGGGGCGCUUAGGCUGCAAAACAAUGCCAGACAGCUCUUCACUUUCAGUAGCUAGGGCUGUGUGGAAACAAAGGUGUGUGCAUGUGUUUGUGUAAGCACAUGUUAUUGUGACCAUCUACUGAUGAUGUGCUCUUCUGAAGUUGGAUUUUAGGAAGAUACGAGGUCUUCUUGAAUCAGAUGUCACCUCUUUGGAUUGUCUGCUGUUGCCAUUGGUUCCCCAUCUAUAAAAACAUUUCAUGUCUAGUUUAAUUUACAUGCAUUGAACUGUAUUGUGAAUCAAUCAUUUCCUCCACUCUCUCUCUAAAUUCCUCUCCUCCAUCCCAUUCCCCAUACACCUGUUGCGAGUUGUUUUGGUGCCUCUGGGAUUUUAUGGCAGCGGUGUAAUCGUGGAGAGACCGGGGUAUCACAAGCUUAUGGAUUUUGAUAAGAGAGGAGGAGGAGGUGGAGGAGGAAAAGGAGAGGUUGAGGAGGGAAAGAGAAUGUCAAAAACUGGGAGCAGGACAGGGCAUGGAGGGGGCCGAAGCUCUGGGACCAACUCUGGGGUACUUAUGGUUGGCCCUAACUUCCGAGUGGGAAAGAAGAUCGGAUGCGGAAACUUCGGUGAGCUUCGACUCGGGAAGAAUCUUUACACUAAUGAAUAUGUGGCCAUUAAACUGGAGCCAAUCAAAUCCAGAGCACCCCAGCUCCACCUUGAGUACAGGUUUUAUAAACAGUUGGGAAACUCAGAGGGCGUUCCUCAAGUGUACUACUUUGGUCCUUGUGGGAAAUACAAUGCCAUGGUGCUGGAGCUGUUGGGGCCUAGUCUAGAGGACCUGUUUGACCUCUGCGAUCGAACCUUUUCCCUCAAGACCGUCCUCAUGAUUGCAAUUCAGCUGAUCACACGGAUGGAGUUUGUGCACACAAGAAGUCUUAUCUACAGGGAUGUUAAGCCUGAAAACUUCUUGGUGGGCCGGCCAGGGACCAAGAGGCAACAUACGAUCCACAUCAUUGACUUUGGGCUUGCCAAAGAAUAUAUUGACCCUGAGACCAAAAAACACAUCCCUUACAGGGAGCACAAGAGCUUAACAGGCACAGCUCGAUACAUGAGCAUCAACACACACCUGGGGAAGGAGCAAAGCAGACGGGACGAUUUGGAGGCACUUGGUCAUAUGUUUAUGUACUUCCUAAGAGGCAGUCUACCCUGGCAAGGCCUGAAGGCGGACACACUUAAGGAGCGCUACCAGAAAAUCGGAGAUACCAAAAGGGCAACCCCUAUAGAAGUGCUUUGUGAGAGUUUUCCAGAAGAGAUGGCCACCUAUCUGCGCUAUGUGCGGAGGCUGGAUUUCUUUGAAAAACCGGAUUAUGACUACUUGAGAAAACUCUUUACAGACCUCUUUGACAGAAAUGGCUAUGUCUUUGACUAUGAAUAUGACUGGGUCGGCAAGCCACUGCCGACUCCAAUAGGACCCAUGCCUAGUGACACACCUCUGCAGCCCAGCAGCAGAGACAAAGCACAACCACAGACCAAAAACCAGUCACCAGAACCCAAAGGAAGUGAGUCUCAGCCCACUCCCGUGACCAACAGGGAGCUCCUGGGGUCGCACCUCACAGCCGAUAGGUUGGGGGGCUCUGUCCAGGUUAUGAGCUCGACCAAUGGAGAAGUGAAUACUGAUGAUCCCACGGCGGGACACUCCAACGCUCCCAUUACAGCCCCUGCUGAGGUGGAGGUGGCAGAUGAUACAAAGUGCUGUUGUUUUUUCAAGAGGAGGAAGAGGAAAGCACUUCAGCGGCACAAGUGAGGAGCAGCAUGUUUGAAACAUUCAUUGGCGUGUUUAAAGAAAACAAAAAUAAAGGACUUGAUCUGAAAUAUGGAGCACCUUCCCUUUCUAUCUGUGCUCUGAGUGUUGUGCUCCACCUCAGAACACAAACUCACUGCCUUACUUGUGGCAUCCUUUCGGAGAAGACACACAUCAGUAAGCUGGGCUCUGACACUCUUUGCAAGGAAACAAUUCAGUGGAACAGGUAAAUAUAUUUGUACAAUGUGGGACCCCAGAAGAGACUUAAAUGGUCAUAAAUUAGAUGAUUUAUGUAUGUGACUUAAACCCAGAUGGACUGUUUGAACUUGUAUCUUAGAUGGCAUCCAAAACCAUUAUUUGAGAACUAGAAGGCAACCACAAGCUCACAUUCACACAAACAUCUGUUUACAACGCCAAACUGGCUGAAUGAGUGGUGUACUCCAUGGUGUUUUGUUUUAUGGGACCAAAAUAAGUGGGGAAAGACUGCUGACUGAUGUAUCAAGAAAUGUGCACCAUAAUCUAACGACCGAUGUAAAUUGUCUUUCCCCUUUUUUUAUUUUUAUUUAAGUUGUUUUCUAAAUCUGCUCUCCCUGAGUUGAACAGUUUUACUCUCAUGUUGUAGAAUGUGUGAUUUAUUUUUUAACCGCUUGUAGUGUUUUUUUUUUUUAAAUAUUUUGUUUUUUUAUUAUGUUCCUGUCAAUGUGGAUGAUAUUGUAGCACAGUGGCUGGUCUCAGGUACUGUGAGAGAUGGAGAUAAUUAUAUGGGAUAUCUCCUCUCUGAAUUGCACUUUUGGGGGGCAAAAAGAAAACCGUCAGGCAUUGAAAUGAACAGAAAGCAACAUAAAUAAAGGCAGAUAUGAGAUCAUUAAUACAGCAGGCUGGUCUCUUUCAAAGAAACACAAUGUAAUGCUCUCAGUGAUAAUGGGGUGGGGUUGGGGGAUAAUGUAUUGUGCUUUUUAUUUUUUUGCAUUAGAUUAAGUUACCUGGGAAACAUAGUUUGUGCCUUUCCAUGUAAAACAUUUAACACUAAUGUGUCCCACUCUAAAAUUCCUAUCCAGGUUGAGGUGUCCAUGACCCUCUCAGAUUGCUUAUUCUCUACUGUGUGCUUCAUGCCAAUCAAAUGGAGUUUGUUGGCAUUUCUCAGAUUUCUUUUUACUGUUGUAAAGUGUAUCAUAGCAAACCUCCAAGAUGUGAGUCUAUGGGUUUAUACGCAGUAACAAAGGUUGCCUAUCAGAGUCAGGAUGUGUAUUGAUUUACAUACCUAUUAAAUGUUGCUUUUCUUCUAUGCCUCAUAAGAUGUUACAUUUUGUAUGUAUGCACAAUCACUGUAUUGAGUUUGUUUGUGGUGCGAUUAUCUCCGCCUCUCAACCCUUGUGGUUACUUCAACAGUACAGUCAACAUCACUUGACAUUAACUACAAAACAGGGCCAGUUACAAUCAAUCACCAGGAUGUGGUGCUAUAGAACAGAUCUGCAAAGCUGCAGGGCAGUUGCCUUAAACUCCCUUUUUAUUACACUAGAAAGAAUGUAUAAUACAUUCCCCAAAAGGCAUAAAAGCAGGAGGCACACCCUUGUUAAACUAUAUUUUAUUGUAUAGUGUGAGAACAAACUGAAUAUUUUGAUCCAAUUGACAAUUUUACAUUUCUUACAUAACAGUUCUGAAGAGCCAGCAAGUCAUUGUGAUUAUUCAAUUAUUAACCUCUUUAAAACAGACUUUCAAGAAACUUGAAUGGGCUGUUUUAGAGAUAAGGUUGUACAAUUUUGUUAAAGUUCUAUGUUCAAUAAAAGUUAAGCUCAGUCAACAGCAUUUGUGGCAUAAUGUUGAUUUACCACCAAAACAUUUUUUUAACUGGCACCUCCUUGUCUUUAAAAUAAGCAAAAAUCUGGGCUACAGUGAGGUACUUAUAAUGGAAGUGAAUGGGGCCAAUACAUAAAAGUCAAAAUACUCAUCAUUUCGAAAGUAUAUAGGCAAGACUUAAUAUGCGUGUAAACAUGAUUUUAGUGUGACAAAGUUAUUGCCAAUUUUACAACUUCUUUGCCAUUAAGAUAUAAUAACCCCUAAAAUUAUUGUAAAAAUGACUUUUUAAACCAAUUUACAUCUUAUAUUAAUGAUUCUGUUAAAACUCAUGUCUAAUUUACAAGUGAUUUUAUAAAAUGAUAAACUUCACAUUUCUGCCUUUAAACCCUCAAAAUAUUGUCCACCUCACUGUAACCUUUAAUACAGAAAAGUGGGGGAGAGACAUUUUUUUUUAUUUUGUUGGUGGUAAUAAACAUUGACUGAAAUGCUGUUGACUGAGCUUAAAUUGUAUUGAACCUGGAAUAUUCCUUUAAUGUUGUGUAGUGGUGACUAUUAGCUGUAUGUAAUCCAAGUUAACCAUUCUGCUUAAGAGAUGUUAAAAUCUGGAUGAUCAGGUAAAUAUCAGCUUUUUUUUUAUUAGAUAAUCAGACUCCUCACACUGCAUUUGACAUGUUCACAUUUUUCUUUUUAUGCUGCUUAUAGAACAGAACCAUGAUGCAAGAGAAUCACUGCUUUAUAUCCACCAAAGUCAUUCCACUGAUUGGCAUAUUAGAGUCACAUUAGAAAAUAAUUUCCUUCAUAAGUUCUCAUGCUUCUGCAUAUUGCCAUACAUUUUCCCCAUGCAUCUUUCUUUGUCAUUCU